GUGAGUGAAGACAUAUAUACUACUUAUAUAUGCAUAUAGAUAUAGUUGUUGGUAUAUAGUAAGUGGGAGUGCAUGCAUGAUAUGAUGGGGAUAGGGAAGAAGCACAAAGCUUUUGGGAUAAUGGUGAUCAUUCAGUUGACGUGUACAGGGAUGACCCUUCUCUCUAAAGCAGCCAUUUCUAGAGGGAUGAAACCUUCCGUUUUUGUUGCUUAUCGACAAGCCUUCGCCGCUCUUGCCUUGGCUCCUUUCGCUUUCUUCUUCGAAAGGCAGAACUCAGCUCAUCUCUCAUGCAAAUUGCUAUGCAAGAUUUGCAUCCUCUCCUUGUGUGGAAUUAACCUGAGCUUGAACCUGUUUUACAUGGGGUUGAACUAUGUGUCUGCAACGUUUGUUACAGCAGCCACCAACACCAUCCCUGCUAUGGUGUUUAUCAUAGCAAUUUGUUUAAGGUUGGAGAGGUUGGCGAUAGAGAAAUCCCAUGGAAAAGCUAAAGUGGUGGGUUGUGUGUUGAGCAUAAUUGGGGCCAUGGUUUUUACCUUGUAUAAAGGCCCUACCUUGUACCCACCUAAAGCAAUGCAAAAGUCUGACCUUUCCGCAAACACUACAUAUAGUAAACAAGAUUGGAUAAGAGGUUCUCUUCUUAUUCUUGGAGCUAACUUGACAUGGUCACUUUGGCUCAUCAUGCAGGCUCCUAUCAUGAAGCAAUAUCCAGCAAAGCUUCGGCUGGUAACUCUUCAGUGUUCCAUUUGCUGUGUAAUGUCAACACUGUGGGGUGCAAUUAAGGAGAGAGAUUUGUCAUCAUGGAAACUUGGAUGGGAUAUCAAUCUUCUAUCUGUGGCAUAUUGUGGAAUAGUGGUGACAGGGAUAUCUUAUUGGUUACAAGCAUGGGUUGUGGAGAAGAAAGGGCCAGUAUAUGCAAGCAUGUUCACUCCAUUGGCACUUAUGUUGACAGCCUUCUUUUCAGUUCUUUUUUUGAAUGAAAUCCUUCACUUGGGCAGUAUCUUGGGAGCAGCUUUGCUGGUGUUAGGGCUUUAUGGGUUUUUGUGGGGGAAGCAAAAGGAGAACAAGAAUAUGGUGGUGAAUCAAAGCAAAGAGGUGGUUGAAUUGGACACGGUUUCUCGCACAUCGGCCGAUAUCCAGGUGGCGGUGGUGGUGGCCAUGGAUGCUCCCAAAACAUGAUCAUCAUGUUGCAUUUCAUUAUUCAAGAUUUUGAUCCCAUCCACCCUACCUUAGCUUUUAAAAUCUCCAAUAUCAUUUUCAAAUAAAAGAUGAUUAUAUAUAUUAUCCCUUUUACUAUCAAGUUAUUAUUAUUACUAGUACUAGUAUUCUAGCUUAUAUGUAGACUUGUAACAUUUCUUAAUUUGUUGUUAUCUUCGCAUCUAUAUAUAGCUUUUUAAUGUGAGACGCACUU